AUGUUCACCCUUUCCCAGCAACUUCGAGACACCAACCUUACCAUUGAGUCGCUCCACUCCCAGCUCUCUACUCUCCAGACCCAGGUUCAUGAGGCCCAGCGAGCCCACAAUUGUGCUGAGUUGCAGUUGCAGCUCAUUGAAGAGGGUAGCUGCCAGUCUCGACCUUUCAGGAGGAGCCGCCACAAUGGGUAUGUCAAGCGCUCGAAGUCCACAAAGCGUUCAGUCCAGCGUGUCCAGGGAAAGAUGCGUCGUGAGGAGAGGUACCCGGAGGGAGGUAUACACAUGUACUGGGUCACGGAUCCCUCCUCUACCUCAGGUGAGAGUGAUAAGGAGAACGAGGACCCCAAUUUCUUCCAUCGCCGCUGUGACAUUGACUAUAGAGACCAGCCUUCGUCGUCAUCGUCAUCAGGCCAUCACUUUGGCAUAGAGUUGCAAGCUUUGACUACUUCCCAGCCCAAUGCUGCCACUGCCACAGCUGGCAAGGACCAAGAUGGUGAGGAGGGUGACGAUGACAAUAUAUACGUCAAGGAUGCUGAUGGGCCCAAGGACGAGUAG